CUUGCGCUCCUUCAUUUUUCGCCAAAGUGAAAAGCCUCUUCUGUUUAUUGUCCCUCCAGGUCCAUUCUGCUUCCAGCCACCUGCGACCAUCAUCCGCAUCUCGCGAGCCGGCAACACCUAAUUCGCCGCCGUUCGCCCGUCAUCUUGCACUGAACGCGAUUAGCGUGCGUUUGCUCGACUUCAUCUCUCUGCAAAUCCACCGCUGCCCUAAGAUAUUAUCUUCCUCUUUCAAUAGUUUCAAGUUAUGGCUGUGAUUUUGAGACCUAUUUUUGCCUAAUGUUCGCACAGAAUCAAAUUGUUAGGGUACCAACUGGGCAUUUCAGAAUCAUUGAAGACUAAAUGUUAUGUCCUGCUAAAGAUUGUCGCAACCCCAAUGUCUCCAGUAAAAACAUAUUCACAUUUCACUCACCAGGCUGUUCUCAAACAUAGUUUAGUGGAACUUUUGCCAGAUGACAUUCAUAUUGGGUGCAAUGGAAGAGUUCACAUUGCGUUCACGGAGAAACUUUGGUGGAGGCCAAGGGGUUUGCUGGUUGAUCAGUUUGAUUCUAAAGAGGAUCUUAUAAAUGCUGUAAUGACAUCUUCUCUUAUUCCCGGAUAUCUUGCUCCAAGACCUGCCACAAUGUUCCGAAAUCGACUUUGCUUCGAUGGGGGUUUGACAUUAUUCAUGCCACCAACUUCUGCCUCUUAAACAGUAUAUUCUACUUUCUUCCCAUCUUGGAUUAUCUAUUUUCUUCCCUCUAUAAUUUGCAAUUUCAUAAGUAGGUAACAAAAAAUCUAAGCUUGUCAAGUGAAAGUAAAACUUGCCUGAAAUGACUGAAUUGACUUAAUGGACUGAAUUUGCUUAAAAUACAGUUAAAAAAUUGAAUUGGUAGAAUUUGCUAGACAAUCCUUCAAAUAUACAAUUUAAAACAUUUCCUGAUACAUGAAAGUAAAAUAAUACUCCCACCAUUCUUUAUUAAGUGUGUGUUUCACUUUCUAUGGCACCUAUGGUUAAUUAAGUUAUAGUGUAUAGUAGAAAUUCUGGCUGGUAAUGCUCGAAAGAACUGUAAUACCAAAUAUGCAAUUUGUAUCAUAUUUCUUCUUCAUUUCUUUUGUUAUUAAGGUCUGGAAAAGUUUCUGAAGCAAUAAAGAACUCUUUUAAAGCUUUAAAUAUAAACGAAACUCAUGUCCAAUAAAAAACUAUAUUAAAAGGUAAGAAAAUAAAAUACAAAACAAUGGUAAUCAUUUUCUAAUUAAACCAAAGCAAAAGUUAUAAGAGAACCGAUAAAUAAAUGUACUUUUGUUUGUCUUAUAAUAGCUGGAAGUCUUAAACCAUCUCUGUCUUUCUUGCCCCCAAAGAGUGAAAAGAAUGAAGAAAAAUAAACUGUGAUCUACUGCAGCAAAACUUACAGGUAAACCUAUAGAGAAAAGUAUGCUAUAUAUAAAACCUAAGAGAAAUUCUAAGAUAAUUAAGAAUUCUAUGGAGUAUUUAAACAAAUUUACUGAAUAGAUGAAAAAUUUUGAAUCUCCCAUGUUGAGGAGACGAAGAGAUGGAGGCUCCCAAAAUCCUCUACACGCACAAAAAUGAAAGUGACCAUAUAUUGAGAAUGAAAGGGAAAAAAUAGCUUCCCUGACCAAAAAUAUAGUAAUGGGUGAAGU